UAAAUUCCAUGCCCCUCCUCUCUCUCUCCUACUGUUUUUAUUUUAUUUUAUUUUCUUUCUAACUUUUCUCCAAAAAAAUUCACAGACAAAAACAAAUUAAGCUCUUUUCUCCUUCGUCUCCUUGCCUUCUUCUCUCACCCCCUAAACCAAAACCCUCAGAUUAAACCCCCCAAGCUCCUUCGAAGCCCCUUUUCUCAUCGACCCAGAUCGAAGUUCUCCCCUAAACCCUCUCUUGAUCUCUGUCUCGUGGUUUUGAUCACAUUUGGGGCCGACCCAGAUAACUUUUUCUCACUGAAACCUCGUGAAUUUUAUUGGGUUUUGGGGAAUAUUCGUGUAGUUUCUUGCUCUUGGGUUGGGAUUUCUCAUUGACCAAUAUCAAAAUUCUCGCCUAAAACCCUCCUCUGAUCCUUUUCUCGCUGUUUUGAUCACAUUUGGGAGUGGCCCAGAUGAGUUUUUCCCAGUGAAACCCUGUAAAAAAUUAUUGGGUUUUGUGGAAUUUUGGCGUAAUUUCCUGUUGUUAGCUUGGAGUUUGUCAUUAUGGGGGACUUGCAGCCUUGGCUGCCUCAUCAAAAUGGGAUAUUGGCUGAUUUUAGUCCGCCGCCGCCUCCUCUGUUGGCGGCGGCUCAGCCUUUGAACCCUCAUCCAUCAGAGAUCGGAGCGGAGAGCUGGAGGGCAGCUGAGAAAGCCACAGCGGGAGUGAUCGAGGAGAUCCAGGCGACCGUUGUCUCCGAGAGGAGGAGGCGAGGUGUUAUUGAAUUUGUGCAGAAUAUGAUCAAAUGCAAUCUGAAUGCUGAGGUAUUCCCGUUUGGUUCUGUACCAUUGAAAACAUAUCUUCCUGAUGGAGAUAUAGAUCUUACUGCGCUUGGCUUUCCAAAUUCUGAGGAUACAUUUGCUAGCAGUGUUCGUCAGGUUCUCGAACUGCAAGAGCAAAAUAAUAAUUCAGAGUUUGAAGUGAAGGAUGUGCAGUAUAUCCAUGCAGAGGUUAAACUUGUCAAAUGCCUCAUUCAGAAUAUCGUCGUUGACAUCUCAUUCAAUCAGAGUGGUGGACUCUCUACACUAUGUUUCCUAGAACAGGUAGACCGUAUGAUUGGCAAAGAUCAUCUCUUUAAGCGCAGCAUUAUAUUAAUCAAAGCUUGGUGCUAUUAUGAGAGCCGCAUCCUUGGCGCUCACCACGCUUUGAUAUCUACAUAUGCAUUGGAGACGUUGAUUUUGUAUAUAUUCCAUCUCUUUAACAAGUCUCUGGAUGGCCCUUUGGUGGUUCUAUACAGGUUUUUAGACUAUUACAGCAAGUUUGAUUGGGAUAGGUAUUGUAUUAGUUUGCGUGGUCCUAUCUUAAUAUCAUCUCUACCAGAACUUGUUGCCGAGGUGCCAGUAAAUCAUGAGGGGGGUUUAUUGUUCACAAAGGAAUUUCUCAAUAAAUGCGUAGAUGAUUUCUCUGUCCCCCCAAGGGGCUCUGAAAGCGUCCAGAGAAAUUUUCCUCGAAAACAUCUUAACAUAGUGGAUCCACUAAAGGACAAUAAUAAUUUGGGGCGUAGCGUGAGUAGAGGUAACUUCUACCGGAUACGCAGUGCCUUUUCCUUUGGUGCUAGAAAAUUAGGACAGAUACUUCUCCUGCCUUCUGAAAGUAUUGCAGAUGAGGUCAAUGUGUUUUUUGGAAAUACACUUGAUAGACAUGGAAGUGGAGAAAGGCCAGAUGUGCAAGAUGCUGGUUCUCUUUCUUUAGAACUACAGUCCCAUAAUACCAAUGAAGAGCUAUGUCAAGAGAUAAACACCAUGAAUAUUUCAGGCUCGGAGAAAAAUGCUAGAAGAAUGGAAGCAGAAGGUCAAAUAGCAGGUAGAGGUUCGAAGGGUUUUACCAGUAGAGGCUCUAGUUCCAUUAACAUUGGAGAGAAAAGCAAAGUUCAAGUGUCAACUAGCAAAAACAUUAACUCACCAAAGGGAAAACCUUACCAUAUGCCCCACCUUUUUUUCCAUUCCCAAAAUGGGUAUCAGAAUGACUCCUGUGAGAGGGAAUCAUCAACAACGGGUACAUCUCGAUUUAGUCCUCGUGGAUCUCCUGUGUCAAGCUGGAGCAAUGAACAGUCAAAAGAUUCACAUAUCGGAGUCUGCUCAAAUGGAGCUAGUGGAAGUGCCAAGUCGAAUAGAUUAGCAAAUCUGAGUGGGGAUUUGGACAUUCACAUGAGAAACCUUCAAUUUGUACAAUGGACCCAAGAUUAUAUGAUGGGAAAUCUUUUACCUUUUUAUCCUCCUUCACCUUAUCAGUAUCGCAAUAAUAAUAAUAACUCUUGGGAUCCCCCUCAGAGACGAGGUGCAUUUUCUCGUAUGAAUGCAAAUGGAGUGCCCCCUGGACCUCCAUUUUCACCGACAGGGACUUAUCCAACACCCUCACCUUUCAUUCCCGGUGGUGUUUUUGGCAUCGACCAUCUGCCAAAGCCAAGGGGAACAGGCACUUACUUUCCCAAUACGAAUUAUCAUGCAUACAAGGAGAGGGUGCAUUCACCUGGUAGAGGAAAAUCAUCGGUGCCUCCUAACCAUUUCUCUAGACAGUAUAGCAAUGGCCGGGCAAGGGCUUCAUUGAAUGUUAACUUGGAGGAGAGUGGUGUUCGUGAGCAACCUUCACGGGUGCAACUUCCUGCUUUUACUGGAAGCGGAAGCGGGAAAUCAGUUCCCUCAGAUGCAUCGAACAUGCCAUCAAAUUCCUCGAAGGAGACUUUGCCAGCCACUUCUUCUGUGGUUCCACCACCCGAAGGGGACCUCCCCCUUGAGUUUGGGUCCUUUGGUCCUGCUUCAUUGAGUGGUCCUGCUCCGGAAGCAAAUACAAGUUUGGAUUCUGGUAAUCCUCCUACUCCAGGUUUGGCAACAAUCUCUGUGUCUACAAUGCGAGGACCUUCAAUGAGUUCGAAUCGGGAAAGGUCGGCUCAAGCUUAUCGCCUGAAAGAUGAAGGCGACUUCCCCCCUCUCUCAGGCUAAAUGCAGUCGAAGUUUGGUAUACAUACAGGAAACUAUCAAGUCUAUAUCAUUGCAGGAUGAUGAGGAAGAAAAAAAAAUGCUAACUUUAUUGCCUCAUGACGGGGUGAGGUAUAAUAAAACAAAGGGUGUGUAAUAUCGCGGCAAUGUGUUUUUGUACAUUCUAAUAAUUUUGUUGUUCCUCUUUUAGCAGUCCUCCGUUGUUGAGGGUUUUAUAAACAGGAUGUGAUGGUAAAAGGUUCUGUUCAUCUUAUUCUGUCUUAAAAUUUUUCGUAUAUCCCUUCUUGGGUGGUAAGAAGACUAGUCGUGGCUGUAACUUUAUGUAGAUGUUGAAUAUGAUUGGGGGUUCCAAUCUUAUUAUUAUGAUAUAUAUGACCGAGAAGUAUUCUAGUUUUUUGGUUA